ACAGCAUUGUGGUUUAGGCAUUGUUGUGUAAUCGGUUUAGACUUUGAAUUUAAAAUUUGGACUCCCAUCUAAGUUGUUAUAUUAUUAGUUUCACCCAUAUAUUCUAAUGAUGUGUAUUUGCAUGACAUGCGCGCAUCUUUUUGUUAAUUAAUACAGGUUGUCAAACAUCCAACAAAUGGAAAUAUUAAAAAAAUUCAUGCCGUGCAUCGCACGGGUGAGUUUACUAGUGAUAAAAAAAAAGUAGAUCUAGUACAUGCAAGAGUCCGUAGUACUGAAGUGUAAUUUAAACCAGUAGCAUUUAAUGAAUUCAUUAAUGUUUUAUAGUGUAGAUAAUUAUUAUUUGUGUUAACCAAUAAAAUAGUGACACGUCAGCUUUAUAUAACUCAAUUUUAGGAUGUUCCCUUUUGAACUAUUUUCAAUCUCAGACCAAUCCAGAUGAGAUCAGACUUUUAUAAUUAUAAAAUACACAGAGAUCAGAUAUUUACUAGUUAAGACCAGACCAUCAAAUUUCAAUCCUUAUUAUAUAAAACUAUAGAUGUUCCGCUAUAAGUAGCAAAAAUUAAAAAAAAAACAUAUUUCGGGAAUUUAAAUUUAGAACAAUUUAAUAAUAUUUCAAAAUAAUAAAUUCCUCUAGAAAAAAUUACAUGGAUAUUACCAUUUCAGAACUCUUUUACUUUAAUAUUACUAGGUAUUAUCUUCGAAUUAAAAAAAUUAGAAAUCGUUUUUAUUAUUCCGGUAGUGCCCCCGUCAUAACGGUCUACACGCUCUCAAACUCUCUCGCUAAUAAUUACUCCACCUAAACUCUCGCGCCUUCUUUGCCGUAAUUCUUGCCCAACCGAAACUCUCGCCAUGAAUAUCAAGAUUACAAUCGUCUUUGAAAUCGUUUUACUUGUAAACCCUAGGGCCUUUUGCGCUGAAAGGACAACGGGUUCUCUACAAUCUGAGGCGGCAGCUUCCAUUUCAUUCAUUGAUUGUUUUGUUUGUUAUCACAAAUGUUGAUGGGAAUUCAUCUACUUCUCGUUCACUGUUCGCAUCAUUCAACGUUAUUGACAUUGACGUUUAAGUCAAUAAUACUUCUAUAACUUCCUAGCCACUAAGGGCUGCUAAUUCAGAAAACUAUGUAAAUUGAUAUCUUGGGAAUUAUUACUACGGAUGUUAUUCUUGUAAAGAAGGAUGCCAUAUCAUUGAUUUGUUUGUUUGUUUUCAUAAAUGUUGAUUGGAAAUUUGAAUUGCUAUGUUGUCCCCACAUGUUGAUUGCUUAGUUUGUCAUUCUGAUGUUUGCUAUCUGUCUCCAAAAAAAAGAUAUGAAAACUGGCCAGUCUUUGUAUAAUUGCUAUCAUUCUUACAUUAUUGUGAAGCUUAGCAUGGAAGAAACAUAGGACUUCAGGCCCCCAACCCAUCUGAGCAUGGAAGACAAUGAUGAUUUCACUACACCUCCGCCAUCUUCAACACCAUUCUUGCGGUCAUCCGUGAAAGUCCCAUCCACUCAAAUGGUACCUAAGCAUAUGUACAAGAGGCUGGUGAAAAAGUCCAUAGUCUAUAGGCCCAUAAAGAACAGGAAAGUAAACACAUAUUCUAGGUUGUUUGACUCAGUCUCUUUAGUAAAGCAGAAGUUAGAACCUCAUCAAGUGCAACUGUUUAGGAAAACAGCCUUUGGUCCGUUCCUAGAUGCUAGGAAAAUGUGUUGCAGUGGCCUACUCAUACAUUAUCUGUUAGGGAAUUUGGUAGAGGUUGAGAAUGUUGCCAAUCCCUUUCAUUUGUACUUUGAGAUUCAGGAUAGGGUUGUGCAUUUCUCUGUGUUAGAUUUCACCACUAUCCUUGGGUUGAAUUACCAUGAUACUGUCCCCACUAUCGAACAAGAAUCUUCCUAUCGGGGUUCGUUCUGGCUCAAAUAUUUCCCAACCAAUUCUAGGGUCACACGUAGUGAUAUUAAGUUACUAUACCAAUCUUUGGUCAAGGGUAUGGAGACUGAUGAAGAUAUAAUUAGACUCUCACUAAUAUAUGUCCUAUCUCAUUCCUUCCUCUCUGCUGACCCAAAAAUUGCACUAAACAGUUCAUAUCUAAACCUAAUUGAUGAUAUAGACGCCUUUAAUAGUUAUCCGUGGGGUAGGGUCAUUUGGAGUGAUAUGGUUUCUUGCUUUAAAAAUGGUGCUAACUGUCUGAAGUUAAAUGAAGCACAUUAUAAUGUGUAUGGUUGUGUUGUGGCUCUCCAAGUAUGGGCUUUUGAGAGUUUUCCGGCUCUAAGAGAGGUUGGUUUGGCUCUGUUAGUUGAUCCAGAUGCCUUUCCAAGGGUUUUAAGAUGGACGUCGGCCAAAAAAAACCCAAACACCUUGAACUGCUCCAUCUUCAGCAACCCAAAUUUUGUGUUUCAGCCUAUUACCCCCUCCACCAUAGAACUGAAUCAUGACAAUGUUCAUCAAUCUGGUAUUCUUGUGGAUUCAAACCCUCCCGUCAGUCCCAAACCUACAUCAAAACUUACCCCAUGCUCUACUUCUGAGAAGAAACAAAGAAGGAAGAAGUCAAAUGUAUCUGUUGGGGCUAAGAAACAAUCAACAAGGACAAACAACUGCAGGGGUGAAGGGGGAUGUGUUGAUAUGGCAGAUCAUUUGCCACGCUCUGAGUUUGUAGCCAAGAUUGCUGUAUUCAAUGACGAAUUGAAUUCAUUGCGUUCUCUCAUAUCUGAAUUACAGGCCAAGGUGAAGGUUCAAGAUGAAGUCAUCCUCAUGCUUAAACAGAGGCUUCACGAUAACUCUUCCGGACAGUUUACUUCGCCAUUGCGUACUAAUUCAGUUCCACAGCAAGCACAAGACGGGUCUUCUGGGCAUCAUGAAAAUGGUGUUCAUAAAAACGCAGCUCCCGACAAUCUAAUGUACGAAAAAGACAAUCCCGCCCCCCAUGGUGUUGAAACUGUCCCUCUUGCCACCAAUUAUCCAAGCAAUGCUUCUGACGAAGAAUUAGACGUUUCCAUGACUCAAAUUUUAAACGUUGCAUUUGAUUUGUAUGAUCCGAAGGAUACCAAUCUCUCUGCUUCUAAGGACAUUAAUAAUGAUGUUUCCCAACCACAUACCAGCACCUCCUUUCUCAAUCAGGUAUCUACACUCCCAUAUUCCAUUUUUUAACAUUUAUGUUAUUGCUUCACAUGGUUAUUUUUAAACACAGGAUUGUCAAAAUGACAAGCCCCCCAAGGUCCCACUCCAACCACCCAAAUCUAUUGUCUUUAAACAGCCUAUCAUUUCAGUACCUGAAGAGCGUCCCAAAAGAAGACUUUGUUCACCUGCUCGUUACACCCCAGGUUCAGAUGCACUCCAAAAGUGCAAGAAGCAACGCCCGUCGCAUAACCUUUGCCCAUUUUCCCUAGACCCAUUUGCUGAGUUGAAACCUCUAUCUGCGCGGCUCAAGUUUACAAAGUUUAUCAUGCAAGGAGUAGUAAGAGGGCAUAGAUCUACAUCUGUACCCAAGAAGUAUUUACCAGAAGAAGAGAAAUCAAUUCAUUUGGUUUUUUUCUAUGAUGUGGUGAUAGACAGCAAGUCAUGGAUCUACCGUCUACAUGAGCCUGAACAGUGUCUAGACGCCACGCAUGUUCAAGUAAUAUGCUUCUAUCUCCGUAUGAAGGCAGCUACGUAUCCAUACCCUGAAACGUUCUACACUUGUGACACAUACAUCCCUGAUUAUUUGAAUAAGCUGUAUGAUAAAUACAAGGCAGGUACUAUUCAUCCUAAAGAUUCGUCCUCUGAUGGUUAUUUAGUGGAAGAAAUAGCAGGUGCAGAGGAACUCUACAUGCCACCAUUCUGGGAGUGUGAUCAUGUUUACAUACCUUUAAAUCUCUCUCAAACGCACUGGUGUUUGGUUGUUUUGGAUAUUCACAAUCACUGUUUGUCUAUCUACGACUCAAGCAUACGCCGUGCUACUAAGAAACCCAAGACUGUGGAGUACAUGCGUGGCCUGAUUCAUUACCUUCCAAAGGUUGUAGCUGCACUCAAGGCCCAUCACCAGAAAACAUCAUUCAAUGAUGCUCAAUCAUACAAAUUGGAAGUCAUUAAAGAUGUACCGCAACAGGAUAAUGGGGGAGAUUGUGGUAUCUUUAUGCUAAAGUUUGCGGAGCUUCUACAGAUGGGAAUUGAUGUCAAGAAGCUUUGUCCUUCCAAGAUUCCAGAGUAUCGGGCAAAGUGGGCUCACGACCUCUAUCUAUAUGGGGACCGAAAUAAGGACGAAGUGUAGCUCCCUAAGAUGCACAUCACACUUCAUUUUAUAUAAUGUCAAUCUGCCUAGUAUAACUUAUUUUUCAAUCAUCCCGCACUGUUUGCUGUUACUUUUGUUGCACUACUGUGCACCGUUCAACUUUGAUAUUUUUUGUGAUACUCUUUCAUUGAGCCAGUAUGAACAAGUAUUUAUAUGUUUAUGACAAUACUCGUUGCAAAUCAAUACAAC